AGACUUAAUCAAUUAACAAUACUGUAUAUCCAAAUUAGCUGGAGUCAACUCCGACAAAUCUGUUGUUAUAAACACAUUACAAAAUUAUUUAAAUUAGUUGAUUAUUAAAAUUAUCUGGUCGUCAUGUUUGACAUCAAAGUUUCUCUUGCGAUCACGGUCUUCUUCAUGGCAGGUAUAAUGGAUGAGUGCUGGACGGCUCGUCUCAGAACAAUAAACGCUACCCGGAUGGAAACUCAUGGUGACAAUAAAGAAAAAACCUUCAUGCCCACAGACAUUUAUCCCAUUAUCUACUCCAAGAACAUUAAUAAUAACGUGACCAAAUAUCUACCUGGAACCGAUUUUGUAAAAUUUUCUUCGACAAACUUUCAAAAUGAUGCUAAGAUAAAUAUGAUACCAGUGGAUUUUCAUGCGAUUGCCCCUAAUGGCCUUGCAUCGACACAUGUUAAUUAUUCUGCAAUAAGUAAUUCAACCGAAUUUGAAAUGAAGCGAAAGCCUAAAAAUUUUAAAUUGUGUAGCCAGUCUCAUGACCAAAAGUUGACGAAUCACAGUAAUUAUUCUGACGCUAGAAAGAACUCCCUAGAAGAAAGAACGAUUAAAUUUUCUCGCGCAGGUAUCGAUAUAAAUUCUCUUUCUGAUGAGGUCUUCGAACAAAAAUUUCAAAAUUCAGUCGCAAAUUACAAAGCAAAAAUUCACAAUGGGACACCAGAAGAAAUCAAGGAAUUGUUCAUUAAGGCGAAAAAAUCUUCAAUAAAAGAAUCUAAUAUUGUUCCAAUGAACUUUCUUACCAGCAAAAGAAUCCAGGAUAUUCAAUAUUCAUAUUCACUGAACCAACAAAGCAAACCACAAAAGAUUAUCCAUUAUAAGCACAAAAGAAAUGCUGCUCCAAGCAAUCGGGAGUUAAACGAUGCAAAAGGUAAAAACGCACGAGCCGAAAAAACGUUUGUUGACCUCAAGGAUAAAAACAUCGAUGGAUCGAACGAAGCUUCUGGCGUUAACGAGGAAUCGUGGAACGACUACAUCGAUAAACUCUUCGACCCUGACUUCGACUCGAGCGUUCAUACGAACAUUUCGGCUGUGGAGGGACAGACUGUGCACAUGGGCUGUAGAGUUAACAAUCUGGGAACAAAAACUGUAUCAUGGAUACGGCACGCCGACACGCAUAUCCUGACGGUGGGCUCCUCGACCUACACCAGCGACCACAGGUUCUCGACGCUGCACAGGCAGGGGACGAAUGAGUGGACCCUGCAGCUUAGGGACCCCACGAAACAAGACGCUGGCAUCUACGAGUGUCAGGUGUCCACGAAGCCUGUGCGUGCACACAUCGUGCACCUCAGAGUCGUAGUGCCAUCAGCGCAUAUACUGAGCGCGCCUGAGCUGUACAUCGAUGAAGGCAGCGCUCUCAACCUUACCUGCGUCAUCCAGCCCAGCCCCAGCCCUCCUGAGUACAUCUUCUGGUACCACAGAGGCGAGGUGAUCAACCACGAAACCGACAGACGCGUGUCAGUGACAACGCAGCAGUCAGACCUGGACACGGUGUGCAGCCUUGUGGUGCUCAAAGCAACUCUAGACCACUCAGGCCGCUACCGCUGUGCUCCAUCUAAUGCCGAGCCUACGGAAAUUAUGGUCCACAUUUUCAAAGCUGAGGAGCCUGCGGCGAUGCAGACCAGUGGCAGCAUCAGCACGCAAGUUCCACCUACUUCCACAAUCACUAUCAUCUUCAUUACAACGAUAAUAAUAUAUUCAUCCUUUAGAAUAUCAUAUUUAGAAAUUAUUCAGUCUAGAAAUAUUCGUUCAACGCUAACAUUUGAACCCCGGAUUAAAUCAAGUCGACGUGUAAACAUAAACGGCAAUCGGAAUUUUUUGUAUGAGUAUUUAAUGUCCUUAAAUGUGUUGGGUUUCACUUCAUUGCUCAACCGUCGUUAUCAUAUCGAGUCCUGUUCUGUAUAGUUUGCUGAUGAUCCGUCGUAUAUAGAUUAUAUUUGCUGUAUAUUUGAAUGUUUUGAUUGAUGUCAAGAACUUCGAUUCCCGGUACGUUGCAUGUAAAAAAUCUCAACCUUAUAUCAAUGUCAUUAUGUUACUUAUAUUACAAAUCAUGCACGAAUUUAAUAUUAAAUGUGAUUCCAAGUCAAUUCACUAUAUUUCAUUCUAUACAUUUGUGAAACCAACUCGAUCAUCAGUUCAGAAUUCAAAAAUCAAAUUAAUAAUUUUUCAGAUAUCGAAAACUAAAUAGCCCGAUCAACGAGUAAAUUUAUAAUAAACUAUUUACUAUUUCAAACGAAUUAGAACUGAAAGCGUUAUUACAAUUUAGGU